GGAAAACAAGCCACCCAGCCAGAAUGACAAUAACGGAGUACAUUGCUGCCCUAUCCGAGAAUCCCUACUUUGGGGCCGGUUUUGGUCUGUUCGGUGUCGGUGCCGGGGCAGCAAUGUUACGUAAAGGGAUGCAAGGAGCGAUGAUACUGUUCCGGCGGCACUACAUGAUAACGCUCGAGGUGCCUUGCCGGGAUAAAUCGUACCAGUGGCUAUUGCAAUGGAUCACACAGAAAGGUGCCCGCCAAACGCAACAUCUCAGCGUGGAAACAUCCUUUGAGCAGCGUGAUACGGGUCACGUAAAAACACGCUACGACUUCAUACCAUCCGUCGGUACACACAUCAUGCGGUACGGUGGCACUUGGAUUAAGGUGGACCGUGCCCGGGAGCAGCACACACUUGAUCUGCACAUGGGUGUACCGUGGGAAACGGUACAGCUAACGGCGUUCGGUCGGGAUAAGAACUUAUACUUUAAAAUUUUGGAAGAAGCCCGCCAGCUAGCGCUGAAGAACACGGAAGGAAAGACAAUUAUGUACACAGCGAUGGGUUCCGAGUGGCGACCGUUUGGCCAUCCACGCAAGCGUCGCCCAAUCGGCUCGGUGGUGCUAGAUGAAGGCGUUUCCGAGCGCAUAUUGCGCGAUUGCCGGGAGUUUAUAAAGAAUCCACAAUGGUACUCGGAUCGUGGUAUACCAUACCGGCGUGGAUAUUUACUGCACGGACCGCCCGGUUGUGGCAAGUCCAGCUUUAUCACUGCCCUGGCCGGUGAAAUCGAGUUCGGCAUCUGUUUGUUAAAUCUUUCCGAACGUGGACUUACCGACGAUCGGUUAAACCAUCUGAUGAAUGUGGCGCCGCAACAAUCGAUCAUACUGCUUGAGGACAUUGAUGCGGCGUUCGUUUCGCGCCAGGACACCCUACAGCAAAAGGCUGCCUUUGAGGGACUUAAUCGGGUCACGUUUAGUGGGCUGCUAAACUGUCUCGAUGGUGUAGCAUCGACCGAAGCCCGUAUCGUCUUCAUGACCACAAACUAUCUCGAACGUCUCGAUCCUGCACUGAUACGACCGGGUCGGGUAGAUGUGAAAGAGUACGUUGGACACUGUACGCGCCAUCAAAUGGAGCAAAUGUUUCGACGGUUCUACACCGGUACGGAUGCUGAAACGAAUGCUCGCAUUUUUGCGGAACGUGUCGCAGCUGAUGGACGAAACGUUAGUCCGGCACAGAUUCAGGGAUACUUUAUGGUGCACAAAAUGUCCGACCAGCAAACCGUACUCGAUAAUGUGCAGCAGAUAUGGGACAGUACGUGA